AAAACAUACGGCCGUGACAGCAUUCCAUCGUGUAGUGCAAUCAGCAGUUGCGUCAUUCUUACUUCAAGAACUAUCUUUGGCGGCCGUCGUCAAACGGAGCGCAGGCAAGAUAUUUCAGAAGGCUCAGAGGGCCAACGAAAAGCGCCACCAUGGACGAAGAGUCAUACCGUUACGUCGAAGGCAUGUGGAUGCACAAGUUCUUCAAGGAUGAAGCUAUCCUCUCUGCAGUCAACUACAAACCACGGGAGGGAGACAUAUUUGUCGUUACGUACCCUAAAUGCGGUACAAAUUGGACGCAGUUUAUUGUUUACAAUAUUCUGACACGUGCGGCACCGGUCACCAACAUGGGUGAAUUCAGACUGAUGAGCCCGUUCAUCGAUUUGACCGGAGCCGCUUCUGCAGAGAACCCGUUGAGAAAUGGUCCCGUAAUGACACAUUUUCCUUACAACGUCUUACGACCCGUGGAUAGUGCCAAGUACAUCUACGUCGCCAGGAAUCCUUAUGACUGUGCCGUGUCCUACUACCACUUCAUCAAGGGGCUGACUCCUAAAGCUGUCACCGAUGUUUCUUUCGAGAAGUUCCUGAACCUCUACUUGGCAGGAAAGGUCCUCUACGGCGACUACUUCGAUCACCUUCUGCCAUGGUACGAGCAUCGAGGAGCAGAAAAUAUCCUUUUCCUGACAUACGAACAACUGAAGUGGAACACCAGAGAGCAAGUGCUCAAAAUCGCCGACUUCCUUGGCGAAGAACACGGAACUGCGUUACGAAAAGACGAGGACCUUCUUCAGAGAGUCAUCCACGCCUGCAGUCUGGAAAGCAUGAAGGCCGUGUUCAGUAACAAACCAAUGGACAUGGCAAAGCUGAUGCUUAAAGCUGCACCAGAUAAGUCAGAGACGUUUGCAAUGGUGAAAAGCAUGACGGAUAUAAAGGAGGAGAUGCACGAGGGCUCGGGCUUUGUCCGCAAAGGAAUCGUCGGCGAUUGGCGAAAUUAUUUUACGGCCGAGCAGGUACAGCGAACGAAGGAAUGGAUCACGAAAAAGACCCAGGGGAGUGGCGUCAUGGAGCUCUGGGAUGACUGUGAUCUCCCAUAGGUACUUUGGCAUAUAUUUAUACUAUGCAUAACAUGGUGCAUAUGUAUGGAGUUAUACAAAUGCUCAGGAAUAGAAUACACACUUUUAACUGUAUAUUUAUUGAAUAAACGCAAAAUGAUCCCCGGGCCACAGUUUCUCAGGACCAAAUAAAGUUCGUGUCACCGUCACCACUAAGACAGUCACAGUGUUUAUACUAUUAUAUCACCCUGACAUCCUCAUACUAUAUACAUCUUUUCGUACUGUCCACUCUAAGAAAGAAACCUCCAGCGAAGCCAUCUGGGCUGUUUACAGCGAAGCUGUAUACGGCUAGGUUCUAGCGGAUCGCGUCCGCAGACAAAACGACGCGUAGAACAACAAUUAGAAAAAAAUGGGCCGAUCCUGGUGAUCGUGAAGAAAGGGUCCAAGCACAAUGACACAUACCCCAGUCUUGUGAGCCAAUGCUGGUGAUAGGGCUGGAAGGGCCCAAGCUCAAUGGCAAAUAUCUCUGUGAGUUCAGGGACCUAUAACAUGCCCUUGAACUACCCUUGUCACAUGUGGGACCUAAAGAGACAAAAGCAAUGCACCGGAGCGAUGAACGAUGUUGCCCAAACGCGAGUCUAUGAAGUUGCAUGUCGAAACGUCAGUGAUAAAGCUUAAUAGUCUACUUAAUAAUAGCUGUGUCUCAUUGUACCUUGACAUAGCCUUUUCCAUAGCGACGUCAUCAGUUGACCCUUGGAUUCGGUAUGGGUAAGAACCAUGCCGCUCGCUCGGAAGAGGAAGAGCGCGCCUUCAAGGAGCGCCGGCACGCUCAACAGCGCGAAUGUAUGCGAAGCCGAAGGCGCAGUGGCCCAAUUAGCGGCGGCCUAAUGUGCGGCGGCCGAUGGUGCAAGGUGGUGUGAAUCUAGUCGUCUAAAGUAGUAAACAGCGGAGCUGGUGAUCGACACAGCAUCUCUCCAGGUUUUCUAGGCUUGGCUAUGUUUUGCUAGGAAAUGCCAAGUGACGCUAGGCACGGUAUUCCGAAUCGGCUCAUGCCGAUGCUCGGAUUCUGGCUUGGCCGCAUGACACGCUUCAAGAUGAGCAGCUACUUCUUCGGGUGUCCGGAUCUUCUUUGGUCGUCCCACGUCAAGGGUACAUGUACUCGCCAAAGAGUCAACGAGCGUCCUGCCGCCGUCGCGGUGGCUCCGAGCUUUAUCUGC